UUGUCUAUUUUAACAGACUUUUUUAUUCUGCGAAAAGGAUUGCCAAUUGUUGGAUUAAAAAAAAAGGCUUUCUUUAAAUCGUUCAUCACUUUUGUCCGACAGUGUAUGCAACCGUUGACUUGCCGGCUUCCCCCUUGGCUCCCCUCGCCUGCGGACGGUUCAUCCGUGCGCCGCCGCCGCGACGUCCGUCGUCGUCGCCGUCGCCGACCGCUCCCAUUCCGACGUUGGCGCGCCGAUCGAGCGGGUGGCUGAUCGUCGAGAGCGGCCCCCCACCCACCCAAAAAAACGCCCUGUCCUCCGGCACUCUUCCGCUAUCCGGACGCCUAAAACGACGCGAACGCUACUACGAUGUGCCUGGUGGCAGGGGCGGGGCGUCCACCGGUCGCCCUGUCCUGACGCCUCGGCCGAGUGUGCCGCCCGAAGCCCGCGAGUACGAGACAUGAGCUGCCGCCGCGACGGCUUAACGUUGUUGUUGUUAUUGUUGUUGUGACGUUUUAACAUAGGCGACGACGACGCGGCGUAAGAUGGCCGCCGCCGACGAGGCCUUUUUGGACGCCCUGACGUCGUGAUUAUAGGGUGAGGAGGUACGGGCCAGUGGUUUACAUCCAGCCCUUGCCAUCGACUCUGACGAUAUGGACACAGUAUGGCCCCAGACAGCCGGCACACCUCAAAAGGAAGACUUGCAUUGUCGAUCUUAUGCCUCCAGACGAUUUAUUUCCAAUCUAGCGUUGGUUGUCAUCAAACAUUUGUGAGUCGCGCCAACGGCCCCAUGAACGGUACAUUCACGGGACCGGAGUUUGUGAACCCGCGGGGUCUCACAAUCAGUUGCGUCUACACGUUCUUGGGCGGUCCUGGCCAAAGGGUCCAGAUCAACUUCGACUCGUUCAAACUCAGGGGAGCGCCGCCAGAUGGAGCCGCUGUUGGGGAUCUCCCGGCUUGCGUCCACGAGUAUAUGGACAUUUACUCCGAGGUGACGCAGCCCGAUCUCGGCGAGCUGGUGAACUCGCCGUUCGGCGGACGGUACUGCGGAUCUAUAAGGCCCAGGGCGAGGGUCUCCAUGUUUAGAGCGCUGGCGUUCUCUUUCCAUUCCGACAAAAAUUCUUCUAUUGCAGAUUUGUUCAGCGGCCGUUACGCGUUCAUCAACGAUUCGGAAUACGAAAUCGGUGCGCCGACGGGCCUGGGCCCGUGCAACUUUAUGGUGAAGGGCUCCGUGAGGCAUAACGGAAGCAUCGUCUCGCCUACUUAUCCCGGUGCCUAUCCGAAGAAUCUCUAUUGUUCCUACCAGUUUCUGGGAGCACCCAACGAACGCGUACGGCUCGAGUUUCGAGACUUUGACUUGUUCUACGGCGGCCAGCACUGUCCGUUCGACUACGUGCGGAUCUACGACGGUCCGGACAACGCGUCCGCCAUUAUCGGCACUUACUGCGGACAACAGCGCAACCUGGUCGUCUAUUCGUCCGAGUCCUCGCUGUUCGUCACGUUCGUGACUCUGCGUCGCACUGCCAACACCCAGAACAGGGGAUUCAGGGGAAUAUUCGAGUUUUCUAACUCUUUUACAAAAUUAGAUUUUAUAAGCAAAAACGACGGGGAACACAUCAGGGGCACCGAAUGCGACCAGAGGAUCUUCAGCAAAAAGGAGUCCAGCGGUUUCGUCUUCAGCCCGAACUACCCGUUCCCGUAUAUACCGAAACUGGUGUGCCGGUACUUUAUUUACGGCAUGCAGAAUGCCCAAUAUUUGGAGAGGGUGCGGCUCGAGUUUGUCCGCUUCGUGAUCCCCAAGGGCAAGAAGGGAGACUGCUCGGACGGUUACCUGAAGAUAUAUCUAAAGGGUCAGGAGACGAUGGAGGCGUACGACAAAUACGACUACGAGCUCUGCGGAACCGAGGCGGUACCGGCGACUAUGGUCUCGGACGGGCCGCGAUUAUUAAUGGUGUUCAGCUCGGGAGACUUGAUGGGCCGCGGCUUCAAGGCAAACUACACCUUCGAAACGGAGUAUCGCAUUCCGGGCACCGCGGCACCGGACGGCACAUGUUCGUUCACGUACCGGAGCACGUCCCGGAAGAAGGGUGAAUUUAACUCGCCCAGGUACCCGACCAAUUAUCCGAGUUAUACGAAUUGCACGUACACGUUUUUGGCGACCGACAACGAGCAGGUGACGCUGGUCUUCGACAACUUCAAAAUUAGGGCGGACAAUGUCAACUCUACGUCCGGUUCCUACGGGUUGACGUCGUGUCAGGAGGAUUGGUUGGAGGUGUACAAUUUGUAUCGCGACGAUACCGAGACGAUCAUAGGCCGGUACUGUCACCUGUCUGCCCCGGGACCGAUCGAGUCGAAUCGAGGCGCGAUCGGGCUCAAAGUCAUCCUGCAUUCGGACGAGGCGCACGUCUCGAGCGGUUUCAAGGCGCGGUACAGCUUCGAGACCGCCAAAUCGAUCUUCGGGGAUUGCGGAGCUAACGUGAGUAGUUCCGACAGCGGCACCAUCAGCAGCCCGAACUUUCCGAAGAAUUACGACGCCCCGAAACUGAACCAGGCGUCGAAAAGCUGCAACUGGUACAUCGGCGUGCGACCGCAAUACAAGAUCCUUUUGAUAUUCCAAAAGUUCGCCAUCGAAGGCGAACCGGUCGGUCGAGGGUGUCCGGCGGCGGUCCUGAGACUGUGGGAAGACAUCAUCGCACCCGCCAAGGAAUUGUGUGGCGAAAAGUCGCCCACCGAAAAAUGGGAGUUCGUGUCUGCCUCGAAUCAGAUGCGGCUCAGUUUCAUCACGGCGGACAAGGCGGUCGGAUACACCGGCUUCAAGGCCGUGUGGACGGAGGUGAUGUCGGGCCCCAGCUGCGACGAGUUCCAGUGCGAGCGUUCCCUCUACUGUAUCCCGUACCACCUCAAGUGCAACGACGUCCCGAAUUGCGGCCUCGAGGACGACUCCGACGAGAGGGAUUGUGGCCCGACGUCGCGGGCGCUCGACGAGACCGCGGCGGCGGCGGCGGCGGCGGCGGCGGCACCGUCCCCACGACCGUCUCAUGGUUUCGAAGCUAUCCUCUGCUGGCUGGGCGUGGCGCCGCUGGCGGCGAAGCGGUUGCUGCCGUGGCUGUCGUUUCCCUAAAAUUAAACCUCCAAUAUCCCGCACUGCCCUCUCUCUCGCUCUCUCUUCGAGUCGGUGUUUGUAAAGGGGCGCGGAUUGAUUAUUUUACGUUGAUUCCGUUACCGUCCGACUCGAUCCCCGCCCUCUUAAACGGAAACGCGUAUCGGAGCGUCCAUCCUCUCCGGAUAUGUGACCGAUUUUCGUAGGCCUGCCGGAGGAGGAGCCCCAGAAUCCGUUCCGUUUCUCGUGGCUCGUGAUGGUCGGCGUCGUCCUGCUUAUCCUGGUGAUUCUGUGCGCGACGUGUCACCGGAAACGGCGCCGGCGCCUGGAACGACAACGGGCGAUACGA